CUUUUUUAAAUUAAUAAAUUAAUAAAUAAAAUUAAACAAUGUCGGAAGUACCGGAAAAUAAUUCGAGACAAAAUUCUAGCUCGAGUGGAACAAGUGGAUUACCACAGGGAAUAGUAGACCGGAUUAUGGAAAAUGUUGGGAAUAUGAGCGAAAGAAGCCAAUCAGAGCCACGGAAAAGUCCACUUCCGGAUUUUUUAGUUCCUCAUAUAAUGCUGACGCGAAUGUCAGAACGUGUUGGGAAAUGGGCACACGCUAAAAUAAGCAGAAAAGAGUCGGCACCGGAAGAAGCGACAAAAGAACGAGCGACGCUAUCAAAAAUAACGGAUAUGUUGAUUGAUCCGAAAAAAAUAUUCGCCGUAGUAAGAUUGAAACUAGUAGAUGAAUUGGGUACAUUUUUAGUAUCACACGAUCCUUUUAUAAGAGAGAAAACGGCAAUAGCUAUUUCGGAAAUAGCUCGAAGGCCCACUGGACGACAAGCUAUCAUUCGUAAUCCGACGAUUCUCAGUAAUUUGAUAAAUGGACUCCAAGAUGUAGUAAUUGAUGUCCGAAUACAAAUGGCUCGUGUUCUGGAAAUAUUAGCUCACGACUACUUUAGUGCCAAAGUAUUAGUAGAAAAUUAUCGUUUUCUUGACAUUAUUGCUCAAUCUCUUUCAAGAGAACAAAGAGAAAUUCUGGUAAAUAAAAAUAUAAAUAUAAAUAUUUAUAGUUUUUUUUCUUUUUUUAUUUACAAAUGUGUAACAGAUGCUCACCACUUGUGUCAGAUAAUAUAUCUAAGUAGCCUUGAAGUAUUGCUUCUGGCUCAUGUCAACGUAUGUCAUGCCAUAGAAAUUGAUAUGAUCGAAACUCUGCUUGGUCUUCUCAAUUAUCAUAAAAGGGAUAAAGAACUUUUGGGAAAAGUUUUAUCGUGUUUAGUAUUACUUUGUCAAGAUAGUUUGGGUACUUGGAAGGCUUUUGAAGUUAAAAAUUUUUUAUCCAUUCUCACGCCUCUUUUGAACGAUGACGCUAAGGAAAUUCAUGAAAAGGCUGCAAGUCUAAUUGCAUUUGCAACAAUUACUAAUUAUGGUAAAAUAAAUGGGUUGAUAUUUAUUGACAGACUAUUGGAGCUCGCUAACAAUGGACUUAGUCGUGAAUGUCGAUUAAUGUCUAUUAAGGCAUUGACAAAUAUCGCGGAAGUACCAGAAGGACGAGAAGAAUUGCUAGCUCAUUUAAUAUUUAUUGAGCACAUCAAUACGGGAAGAGAUAGAGUAUUGAAGAAACAUAAAAAUAUCCUGCUCAAAGUAAUACAAUGGCAUCCGUGAUGACUAGCAAAAAAUAAACCCAUUCAUAUAUAUAUACAUAUUUUUAUUUACUUCCAUUUUUAUGCUUUUAUGUUUUACGAUCAAACGAAAAUUAAUCAUCAAUUAUUAACCGGUAAAAAAAAUCACAAGAUUGUUCUGAAGAAUAGAUUGCUACGUAAUAAAGAUUUUGUCGGGUAUAUAAAUUUAUAAUUUAUGGUAUUGUUUUAUUCGGAAAGGUAUUCAAAAUAAUUACUAUCAUUAAUAAAGUGCA